UUUUUUUGCCAUGGGUGUCAUGAAACUCUGCCUCCUGCUCUUCUGUCUCCUCUUGGCAUUACCUGGUGUCUCUUCUGUCAGAAGGCUUGAUGAUAUUGAUGACUUUAGAAGCACUAAUUAUGUCAAGCAUGAGCCACGUCAUGGACUCCAAUUAUUAUUCUGGUUUGCCCAAGAAGUGAAUGUUGACCAAAAUAGCAAAGAAAUCCUUUUGCAUUUUGAUCUUAAUAAUGGUACAUAUGGAUUCCAUGAGUUUGGAAAUAGAGAAGGCAUUCUCCCUGCAUUGGAGUCUGGGCAACGUUACUAUGAGGUUGGUGAUUUAAAUUCACGAAUAUAUCGUGGAGUCACUGCAUUGCCAUUUUAUGUGCAGAUGUAUUACAGAAAUAGCGAUUCGCACAAAAGAAACAUGGACAGGCUUAUUGUGUCUUUGGAUGAAAACAGGAUAAACAGGAUACAUAGUGUGUUUAUUACAGCACAUAAUCAAGACUUAAAUAACUUCAAUUCUGAUGACACUUAUGAAAUUGAUCCUGCUCUGCUCUCACAGAUCAGGCGAAAUUAUCCUUGCAGAAAUAAUGAAGAUGAAGAUGUUAGUCAGUUUCUUAAAGACAUAACAUACAGCUUGAGCUGUAGAUCUAUCAACCGAAUUAAACGGUCAACCGAUUCUAGCCUGCCCGAUUCCCAGUGCAAUACAUACAAGGGCAUUAAACUAGAGAUUAAAACAUCGACACAAGGUAACACAAAACUCAUAUGGAAGAAUAUACCUGCUGGUAUAAUGAAUAAAUACAAAUAUGUAUACAUUGAAAUUUUACAAAACACUCAUUCCAGUGGUAAUAAUGAAGAUCCUAAGCAGGUCGGAAAUUUCCAGAUUUUUCACCCAUCUGGGGAUUUAGAUACUUCUGUCUCACUAAAUGCUGGACUCCAACCCCCGACUGCAAUUGUACACAUCAGAGUCGAAUUAUCAUGAUGGUAAACCAGUCACUUGGUAUGGACCAGAGUUUGAUGAAGCUAACAGAGUGAUUCCCAUCAGAAUAAAGGGGUUUGACGCUAGUCUGCAGCUCUACACUAAAGACGGAAAAGCCUGCGCUCGACUCUACAUCAAGAAAACGUUCAGAAACUGGAAGGAUGUCUUUUAUAACUCAUGGGUGGGGUUCUACAAACGUUCACAACAUAAAAAUACUGACUAUUACAACUAUAAGGAUGCUGUAGAUUUUGCAUUGAUUGACAGCACUACCAGAGAGAAUUAUGACAUUUACCAGUCUAAUUCCAGUUUGACUAUUGCUCCUGGAGUUCAAAUCCGCUUCCUGCUAGAUGGCAAAUAUGACAAAGUUUUAGCACAAACUACACCUUGGGAGAGUGAUGAAAAUGUGACAUCAGUUUGUGACAAAGGGAAUCACCAGCCUGACCCUUCAUCAAUCUGGUCUUUUCCAGAAUUUUUUUAUGAACCAGUGUACUAUGAUGCUAAUAAUGUCAUCCCUACUAAAACACUGGGGUAUGAUGCUGGUCUGCAGCUCUUCACUCAAGAUGGUUAUGCUUGUGCUCGGCUCUAUAUCAAAAAGACCUUCAAGGACUGGGAAGAUACCUUCAAAUCCUCAUGGGUGGGGUUUUACACUAGUUCACAAGAUACAAAUAAAGGUUAUUACACAUAUGAAAAUUUUUCAAAGUUUGAAAAGAUGGAAAGUGGAACCAAGAAUUUUGAUAUUUAUCAGUACAAAUCCAAAUUAACCAUUGCAUCCGGAGUACAGAUCCGUUUCCUGAAAGACAGCGGUUAUGAUGAAAAAUUAGCGGAAACCAAGCCCUGGAGUUAAAAACUCAAUAUUAAUCUGCUGUCUGCGUCUUGAUAAUUAUGACAAUUAACACACUUUCCUAAUAAAUGUAAUAAACUGUUAAUCACAGAUGUCUUAAAUAUAUAAAUAAUUUUUUAAUUAACAAAUUAAUUAUCCAAAAUGAGAUAAAUUAACCUUGACAUGUAAAUCAUAAUAUAGAAUUGAAAAUAAUUAAUUUUACAAAAUACCCUUGCUCUGCUUGCUUUAUACCUUUAUACAACUGAUCUAUUAAAAUGUAUCUAAUGAAAGUGAAGUGACUUGAGUCUGUGUCCUUGUUUUAAUGUUCCACUGGACAAAACUAAAAUACCAAAGGUGA